AUGGAAGCCCCAGCUUCGGAGGCAAACGACGUUUUCUCUCUCUCAGAUCAUCUUCUUGCAGAACGACUUCAGUUCGUCAAAGAGAUCGGCUUCGGAAACUGGGGCAGCGUUUGGCUGUGCCGUCCCAAAUCCAGUUCCUCAUCUAACAAGCACAAGGACGUUGAAGUAGCUGUUAAGCUCGUCCACCGCUCCAAGACCAGCACAACGGCCGCCCGUGUGCGUUCGCUAUGGAACGAGAUGAAGAUUGUGCGCUCAUUCAAGGCCGACCCGCAUCCCUCGAUCAUCCCAUUUCACUCGUUUAUCAUCACUCCGUCAUAUGCGCUUAUCACGAUGGCACAUCUACCAACCCUCGUCCCCGUUGAGGUAUCCGAACCCCGCGCAAAAGAAUGGUUCCGCUCACUGUUGAGUGGCGUCCACUUCCUGCACGAGCGUGGGGUCGUGCAUAACGAUAUCAAACCUGCCAACAUCCUGCUCUCCCACAAGAAUAUACCCGUAUUGGUCGAUUUUGGGUUUGCAGAGAAGUACGACCUUUCUUCCCCUAAAGCAUUCCAUAGUAAUUUGACAUACGGCACCCCUGAGUAUCUCUCUCCAGAACGCGCUCGUGGCCUUCCCCAUGACACCCGGAAGUCUGACAUAUGGUCACUUGGUGUCACCUUUUUCGAGAUAUUGGUUGGUCGUACGCCGUUUGAGUAUGAAGAGGGCGAGCAGUUUGCAAGCAAAGCAGACUUGGAGAAGUACUGGGGCAGGACAAUGCGCGGCAAAUGGGUAGGCUCGUACACCAUUCCCAGGCCCGCGGAGAAGCUCCUCAAGCGCAUGAUUGUUCCCAAUGCAGAUUUGAGGUGUACGGCGAAACAGGCCAUGGCUGAUAUAUAUUGGCAGGCUGCAGCUGCAACGGCAGUUCCAGACAAACAUGCACAUAGUAAGUCGCGUUGUAUCCUCGUCUGA